AUGGCGAUGAAUCAAAACAGAGGCCCCGAAUUUGAAGCUCUUGCUGCCUUGGUGAAUCUAAUACUGCUGGGCCUUUCAGUGGUUGUGAACCAAGAGCCUCCAUUUAUUCCGCCUACCAGCGCGUCGUUACGGAGUGACCCAUUUACGUUUCAAUCCGACUGUGUACCGUCGGAUCUGCUCCGAAGGGGAGCGAUACGAGUUGCAGAGAGCCAACACGGUAUCUUAACUAGCGAUACCGUGUCUAAGCUACACAGCGUACUUGAUUUUAUUAUCAGCGCCGAGCACGCCUCGAUCCCAGAGUUACACACUCUAUACGCCACUGCCAUAUGGAAUAUGCCUACAAAGACAAGCGCAGAAACAGACCCAAUCAUCACUGUUAGAAAAACAGCCCAAACCAUGAACCAAUGCUGCCACCUGGCAAUCAAUAUAUUCUGGUCCAUCUUCGGUACCGCACUAUAUCCAAAUGGUACCUCAGGCCCAGCCGACCCCGCAAGUACACGUACAUCUAUACAAGCCCUUCGCGCUACCUUCCGAAAGGUAGACAUGGUAACAUGGAAGAAACACGCACCGGAAACGUACCUCUGGAUCUGCUUCACUGCAGCAGCGGCCUGUGAUGAGGCUGCAGGUCGAGUUCCCUUUGUUGCGGUGGCCACGCCUGUUCUGAGUACUUCAGAUACUACGGAGCUUCGCCUUUCAAGGGAGUGUUGGAGAUAUUACAAGUGGUUAAGUGAGCUUUUAUCUUUGCAGGUUGGGGAGCAGAAUAUGCACGGAGAGAUUAUUUCCGAGCUGUUUUGA